AUGCCACAUCGCGUUGCCACGUUCUUCCGGUCUUCGACCAACACCUUGGAAAACCAGGUAACACACUUGAAAAAGGCUGCUAUUCGGAGAACAACAUCUCCCAAUAGGCCCGUCGCCGGCCGCAACUCCAGAAGCUCCGAGCGCGUCUUUUCCUAUGCAUCAUCCAUCGACGAGGAGUCCGAAGAGGUGACUUCUCCCGCCAACAUGCCCGACUCCCCACAUGUCAGACCAACCGCAGAGCACCACCACCGCCUCUCCUUCCCCGGCCUGCACAUUGGCCGCUCAAGCAAAGAAUCUCACAGCAACCCCCACGUCGAUCUCAGCUGGAAGAUCGAAUCGCCCCCAAUCGUCCUCCAUGGCGAUGCCGAGAACAGUUCCGGCGCACUCGUCUCUGGCCAGCUGUUUCUAGACAUCAAGGAGGAGAGCUACGAGGUCGACUCGUUCAAGGCAACACUCAAUAUCCAUGUUGUCCAGAAGCGCCCCUUCACUCCGCAUUGCCAGGACUGCACACACCAGUACACCGAAUUGGCCACCUGGGACUUGCUUCCCCAGCCCCUACCCAUGAAGAAGGGCCGUCAUCCCUUCCCCUUUUCAGUUCUUCUGGGUGGCCAUCUGCCAGCGACGUUGGAUGGGCCCUUGAUGGCCAUCUCCUACGAAUUCAAAGCCGAAGCACUUCCCAAGGCAGGUCUGCCAGUGAAGCUGGAGAAGAUCUUUGAUGUCAAGCGUUCUCUCCCGGCCCCGGAGCUGCCUCACCAUUCAGUACGCGUGUUCCCGCCCACGAACAUCAAGGCGAGCGUCCACUACCCCCAAGUUAUUCAUCCCAUUGGCACCAAUACCCUCACUCUCAGACUGGACGGCAUUGCAAAGACCAACGACAAGGCCAACACAGUAGAGUACUGGAAGCUCAAGAAGCUUACCUGGAGGCUAGAGGAGACCGCCAAGACAAUUGCUCCGGCCUGCGAGAAGCACUCCCCCAAGGAACCCAAGGACCAGGCUCAGGAGGAGCAGGCAGCGAAGAAGGGUGUUCAGCGCUCCGAGACCCGCAUCAUAGGAGAGAAGACGCUUUUCGGCGGAUGGAAGAGCUGCUAUGCUGGCCCGACUGACUCAGCAGUCGAUAUUGAGCUCGAAUAUACCCUUGGCAAACACAACAAGUAUAGCUGCGACCUCAAGGCUCGCGACGGAUCAGAAGUUAGCCACCAGCUCAUGGUAGAAAUGGUCGUCUCGCAGGAAUGGGCGCCCGUGGGCAAGCCGGCUCUGGUGACGCAGACUGGCGUCGGCAGAAUUCUGCGUAUGCAUUUUGGCACUGUGCUGACCGAGCGCGGUGGUAUCGGUAUCUCAUGGGAUAAUGAGGCUCCACCAAUCUACCAAGACGUGCCGCCCAGCCCGCCUGCAUAUGUGGAAGAGAUGGCUAUUGGCGCUGCCGAUGGCAUUUCAGAACACAUCGAACCCCUCGAUAGCUCACGAAGCAGUGUCGAGGGUCAGGCUUCAGCAGCUUGA